CGUUUUUGAGAGACGGACGUCAACCGGAAGUGGACUUUUUGCAUCAUUGGGCAGUGGUUUAGUUGAAACUCUCGGGUAAAUUGCCUUUAUAAUAGAAAAGAAACUUAGCAAUACAAAUUUUUUAGCGUCAAGGCAUAUAAAAAGGGAGAAGGCUCACUUCCGGUUAACGUGCGUCGCUCAAAAACGUCUUUGCUUAAGCUCCCAAUUAUACAAUUGGACUUUUAGGAUCCCAUGGCUCUUCUAAAUGUGAUCGAUGUGGUCACUUUUAUAGAUUCCAACAAUUGCAUCUGACUGCAGAGAGUGAACCUUGUGAGUGCGAAGUUGCUGAUAACGGUGUGGGAUUGGAAGGAUCUGUGAAAAGAGUUAGGGCUUACAAGAGAAAGGUAAUUUAACUAUUAAACUAGGGCCCCUUUUUGACGGGUCCCGAAAUUUGUUUUUGAACGGGUCCACAAAAACUUACACGGAUCGGCCUUUUGUUUAUACGGGACCCGAGGAACCGAGCAAGUUUUUGAGCGUGAACAGUACUGUAACCUGUACCGUGUAAACGCGUUGCUUGGGUACAAAAUUUGUCCUUCCAAAAAUUUCUCCGUACCGCGUAAACGAGGUCCAUAAGUGAUAAUAAUAAUAAUAAUAAUAAUAAUAAUAAUAAUAAUAAUAAUAAUAAUAAUAAUAAAACAAAACUUUAUUCAUAGAUUUAAAAAAAAUAGACUAUUUACAGAUUCAAGAAUAUGAAAUAUUAAAAUAUAUACCCUAUGUACAUUCUUCUUGUGUACGAAAGAGAAUUGUCGUAAAAUAACUAUCUAAAGACUACUAAUAACAAUAUAUAAAAAGCAUAAAAAAAUUAAUAAAAAAAAAUAAAAACUAUUUAAAAAUAAUAAUUCAAACUGAUAAAAAGUUACUACUUAAAUUCUGGCUUGCGCACUUUCCGAUUCUCUUGCUCCUGGUUCCUCUGAGACACAGCAAGGCUGAUCGUAAUGUAAUAGUGAUAAUACAAUAAAUGAUAAUAGGGCCAUUUAUACGAGGAAAAAUAAGACGCGUCUUACAUAAGACGCGUCUUAAAUAAGACGCGAACUGUACCAUUUAUACGAGCAUGUCUUAUCUAAGACAAGAACAGCUGGUAUAAAUGGUUCGCGUCUUAUUUCUGUUCUUGACUCGUUUUCAUGUGAAUGUCGCCCGUAGCAACGGCAAUCCAACGUGGUGCGCCAAAAAUUUACGCAUGCGUACUAUGCGUUCGCGUCUUAUGUAAGACGCGAAGGUCAUUUAUACGAAGUUUUUCUCGUCUUAGCUAAGAUGCGUCUUAUCUAAGAACAGGUGUUAAGGGCUGUUCUAAAAUAAGACGCGUCUUAGCUAAGCCGUGUCUUAUUUUAGACGAAAUGUGCCGUUUAUACGGAAAGUUCGCGUCUUAUUUAAGACGCGUCUUAUUUUUCCUCGUAUAAAUGGCCCUAAUGAUAGUGAAGAUAAACAAUUAUUUGGAUGAGGUUUCAAAACAAUGUAUAAUAAAACAAUUAUUAGAUUCGGCUUUUGUGAUAUCCGGAAUAAUCAAGGUCGAGAUAAGUGUUAUCAGCCGAGCCGAAGGCCGAGGCUGAUAACACUAAGCGAGACCUUGAUUAUUCCGGAUAUCACAAAAGCGAAAUCUAAUAAUUGUUUUAUUAUACAUUGAUUUGAAAUAAAUAACGACAAAUACACCGUCGCAUAGAGCCGAUUUGACAUUGCUCUCGGAAAUCAUGCAUUGCGCGCGCAACCUACAGAUUAGUCACUUAUCUGCUAGCAGAUAACUAGUUAAUCUGUAGGUCGCGCUGAUUUCCAAAAUUAGCUGUAGGCUCUUAGCCAAGGAGAAGACAGAUUGUGAGUACAAUCAAUAUUUGUAUAGGUAAUAGCAUGAUUUGUAGUGAUAUUUGGCAUAAAUACCACGAUUGAUAUUUCAAAAUUGUUAUACGUAAUUUUGAAAUGUCUCUCGUGGUAUUUAUGCCAAAUAUCUCGUACAAAUCAUGUUAUUAUUUGUUUAUACUACUAUCCACAAAAGGUUUAUAAUUUUCACGUGUAGGUAUUUCAAAUUAAGCUGAAAUACCACUGCUCUAAGCCAAUCAAAUUGCAGAAAUUACCCAUGUAGUAGUAUAAAUAGCACUAAUCCUAGAGGGGCCGAGCAAAUGUAUGAAACUGAUCUAAAUCAAACAUAACAGGGUUAAGAAUCCCAACUGGCGGUAGGCAUACAGGCUGGCUAGUUACAGGCAUGGCCGAGGAUUUGAACCGGGGCCCGGGACUACUGUGAACAAAUCCACGGCUAGCGGUCACAGCGGGACUUGAACUUGGGGCCUUCGAAUUGCAGGUCCAGCACUGUAACUACUCGGCCACGCUGCCUGUCAGUUUUAGAUUCUUAAAACCCGUUGUCCGUACGUCGCGCAACCUGGCGUGCCCAGGGUUUUUCCUUUGUAACGUGGGAUGGUAAUCAGUCAUAGACGAACUAACCUCCGAUAGUUAGGGUGGUAACGUUUCGGGAAAAAUCCAAUACAAUAUUCUUGUUCUUAAAUCAGUGUGCCAGUAAUAGGGAGUUUAAGCAACAACGUUUUUGAGUGUAACUCAACCGGAAAUGGACUAUUUACUCUCUUUGGCCGUGAUUUUAAACAAAUUCUUGGGAAAAUUGUCUCCAUAAGAGUAAAGACACUCUGCAAAACAAAUUUGGUAAACUCAAGGCAUAUGAAAAGAGAAAAAGGCUGGCUUCCGGUUGAUGUAGCGUCGCUCAAAAACGUCGCUGCUUAAACUCCCUAAUAUUGGCGUUCUGUUGUUUGAUUAAAUCUGAUUUCCUUGAUCACAGUUUCCAUCGGUCUUGGAAGAUAAUUUUCCUGUUCCCGAUGAGCCUUGCUAUGUGUAUUCUGUCAGUAUGGAACUCACCAAACCUUGGACCUUUGAACGUGCAGUGCGGUCUCAGAGCAAAGUGAAGUCAUCUACAGAAGCUGUUUAUUGCCCUGGAAUUCUCUCUCGAAAGCUGCUACCCAAAGUUAGUUGAAAAAUCAAUACUUCGUAAUUUUUUCACAGCCACUACUUUGUGCAGUUUUGUAUUCGGAUCCAGACCAUUGAACUCUUGAAACUUUUUUUUUAAAUUUAAGGAAUUUAAAAUUUAAGGAUGUUUUCGUACACACAGACUCAGAUAUACGCGAUUUUUGUUUAAAGCAGGACAAAAGUAAUCUAAGUAAGAGAAUGUUCAACAAAAGUAGUGAAGAAAAUUGCCGUUUAGUGGCUUAAGUUCCUCUCCAAACAGUUCGGGCUUGGGGCCCGUUUCUCGAAAGGCCCGGUAACUUUUCGUGUCCGAAGGCAAAUUUUGAAAUCGAAACCUGCUGAAUAGUAGCACAGUUUCUAUCUCACAAGCCGGCCAAUUUUGCUUCGUUAACUGAUAGUUUCAUCAUAUCGUUUUCAAAAUUAUUGAAACUUUGACCUUGAAUGCAAACAUGCAAACAUAAAAUAGGUUAUCAGGCCCGAAAAGUUAUCGGGAUUUUCGAGAAACGGGCCCCUUAUGCCCGUGUCUCAAAAGUCCCGAUUAUUAACGGGCCCUGUAAACUGUCUCCGUUUACAUUAAAGAUCGAGGCUUCUCAAACUCAUUAAUAAUUCAUUAAGAAAAUACAAAGGAAAUUAAUGUUUAAUGAGUGUUUGGAAAUCGGAUGAAACACUGCUUAGUAUUUGCAUCCUUAAUUUCUCCUUCAAAAAUGAUUUUGUUUGAGGUUUCACAUCACCAGAGUUUCGUCACUCCGCUGCGCGUCGUAUUUUCAACUCUCUUCUCGGUGUUUCAUCUGGUGAUGAAACACUGCAUCUCAUGUUUGAUAUAUUACUUCACUAGUUUUGCAUCUAACAUGAUGAAACAAAAUGGAGUAGUUUACUAGCCAGGACUCGCGCUCUUAUUCUUUAUAUUUCGAUUUGAAUAUUUUAUUUCGUGCCCGAAAAGUUACCGGUACUUUCGAGAAGCGGGCCCCUCGCCCUUCAUUUGUGGAGUUACAAGUACGUUAGAAUGGUUGCAAGGUUUGCAUACUCCAAAGGCCUGAAACGUUUGGAAAGGAAGUCAAACCACAAAACGGCACUUAAGUUCAAUUAUUUUGUGUUGAACAUUCCCUUACUUACCUUCCCAAGAGCCAUGCAUCUUAUCGGAUCUUUUUUCCCGUUAUUUGUUCAAAAGUAACCUAGCACGAGAAAAGCCGCGUGCCGCCAUAUAUAUGAAGGGUCAGGCGUGCUUCUAGGGCAACACUCUGCACACAAGAAAUCUAGUAUCACCUUAAAAAAACUUACUUUGACACUUUCCGCUAGACUUUCACUUCAUAGUGUGAGCAAGGAGGAGAGGUGCUAAUUACGUCUUUUUUGUCUUUGUCAUUACAUCUUGUUGGAGUCAUUAAGUCUGUGGAUGAAAUCCAAAAGUAAGACUGUUCUGCUGUUAAGGUCGUGCUAACUUUUGAGCUUCUGGAUGAAAUCCUAACGUGUGACAUUGAGUUGAAAGCUACUGAGCAGUACUCUUUUUGGUUCCGCUUAUUGUGCUGUAUCUAAGGUAGUUCUAACUUUUGAGCCUCUGGACACGAAAUCCUGAAGUUUUGUUGCUAUUAAAAAGAAGGGUGCUGAGCAGUAUUCCGUUAGAGUACUUUGAUUUGUAUCUGGGUUUUUUUAGAUCAGAGUUAUGUCAGACUUUGCACUGUUAGGUUUUCAAGUGCAUGAUCGUCUUUUUAUUUUAUUUUUUUUAUCUUGUAACCAUAGCUGCCGGCGAUGCUUAUAUUUGACAGAGCUGGAGAGGUCACUGUAACAGUUACUAAGUGCAAUUCACAGCCGUUUGUCCCAACUUCUGAAGAAAUUUCUCUGUUUCGAAGGUUCACUGGCUACAUCUUCAAGGAAACCUCAAAACAAACAAGCUCUUCAGUAAAAGACGUUGUGGAUUUUGAUCCCAGCAGCGCCAAUUCUGGGUAUUACAUUGCGCUUCUUAAGAAUGCCUCAGGUAACAGCCAAUCUCCUUCAACAGGACUCGACCGCAAAGAGAUCGCUUUGGAUUUCCUUCAGACUCUUGAGAAGGAUCUGGGUAGCUUCGACAAUCCCAAUGACCCACCCCCUGCUGGUAUCCAAGACAUGGAAAUAUUCAAGGAUGCAGUGGUGACGUCUGUUUACAGUGACAAAUGCAAUCGAUUUUAUGUGGCUGACAUUUGUUAUGAUCGCAGUCCUGCUGAUCCAUUCCCGAAGUUAGAAACAGCAGCGACAUUCGCUGAAUACUACCAACUGCGAUACGGCGUUGAGGUAAGGUAACGGUAACGUAGCGAAAAUGACGUAACGUAACGUAAUUUGAUGUAAGGUAACGCAAUGUAAACAAGAACGCGCUUACAGCGUUUGUCAGUCUCGCUUGCUUGGAGAUUAGAUCGAGAAAUGAGGAGGCGAUUAACUCUACACGAAACAGGAUUUACUCGCUAAAGGGUUUUUACCUCCUACUUUAUCGACGUCGAUGCUUUUUAUUUGUUUCUGAAUUGAUUUAGUACGCGUGUUGGCGACGACCGGAAAUACGUCUGCUGUCGCAGGCUAUAAGCGUGUAUAAAUACACGAAAAUUCAAGGGCCUCGAUUCCAGAGAAAUUACAUCAUUGCCUGAGAUCAAAAAGGGGAUUUACAUGGCACGUCAUUUCAAUCAUCGCUGAAAAUAAACUGCAUGCUCAUCACUUAGACUUAUUUGCAUACAAUGACAGUUUACAACACCCGACCGUCGCAGUUUUGUUAAUUAAGAUUCUUAUUUUUGUUUUCGACCUCUCAGUAGUGUUCUCUUGUUCCAAAGUAAUCAACCCUUUCAAGCGAUGGAAUUCGGGGACCGACACGUUUCGGAAAAGCUCUAAAUUUAAUCUAAGCUUUCUUCGAAAAACAUGCGUGGCUUCGAUCACGCAACAAUUCUUAGUCCCAGUUUCGACGGUCUCCGCUUGGAAUGCCUGACACAAUGACCCCCCAUUUGUGUAUAAAAUGCGACCCAAAACCCAGGGGUUACUUCUAGAAAAAUUAGGUGGGGGUGUGCGGCUCGCUUCUUGAAACCCUUACCCUAUUUCAGACCAAAAUCUGUGAUUUUCCCUACCCUAUUUCAGACCUGAUCAAAAAUUUGAUACCCUAUUUCAGACCUGAAGCCCCGGAGCCCGGCGCGUGACCGGAGCGCGUGACAAGCUGUUACGGCACGUACACGGUUGGCGUAAACAUUAAAAGGGAAAUAGUCUUAUCGCCAAAUGAUGCAGAAGUAGCUUCUUCUAAAAAACAUACCCAAUUCAAGACUAGAGUGAACAAACCAUACCCUAUUUCAGACCAAAAUGGUCGAAGUUGAUAUCCUGUUUCAGACCAAAACGGCUAGAAAACCAUACCCUUUGGCGCCGCACAUACCUAUACAGCCUAUAUAAGAGAGUACCCCCCGGGGGAAAAACGCUUUGCAGAUUAUAAUUAUUGUCCACUUAUUAUUUGGGCGUGGCCCAGAUAAAGUAAUCGAGCUCGCUUGUUUUGAUUCAAAGUUGCAGUAGGCACGCAAUACUUGCAAACGUAAACAAGCCAAACAACGCGAAUGUCUGCCGCGCUCUGUCACAACACAGCAUUUGUAUUCGUUACAUACGACCCACAGAUAACGCACGGCAAACAAAUCGGCCAUAGAUUGCAAACUUUUUGGGAAAAUUAGGUACACUGAGUGAAACAAACUCAGUAUAUGAUUUUGAUUUUUCCGUUGGAAAAUAAUCGUACUCGCAGCACACGGUGUGAAUUCUUUGGUUUAUUGUCAGAGUUUGACAAUAUUUUUGCCCUCAGUUGUUGAGCGCCAAAGAAGAUCUCACGCAAAAUUCCAUGAUCUCGUGUAUACGACCCCCAGAUAACGAGCCGGGGAAGGGGUGCGCAUGACCAUGUUACCCGCUGUCGUGUUUCUCGCUUGGUUCAUUCACCGGGCCGCCUGGCAAGCGUGAUUACUCGGAAAAUUUCCAGUCGGGAUCCUGGCAUCACAAUACUGGUAUCCCAGCUAACCGGACUGGCUCGAUUGUCAUAUAAUCGCAAAGUUGAUUUUUGUUGCGUUAAACUAAGGUGCCGGGAUCUCUGCAAAGCGAGCCUGCCCGGCUCAUGUACGCAGGCCCCUAGUUGUAUAGCACGCCUAGUACAUCAUAGUGCACGCCUAGUACAUCGUCGCACAAAUAUACGCUCCCACAGCGCUUUGUUUAAUUAUCUUUUGAGGUCGACUAAAGGUUGCGAUAAUUGGAAGCGGGCCGCUUAUUUGCAGGGGUCUUUUUUUAUUCUUGAGAAUUCUUACCAUCAAGGUGACAUCUGUCUUCAAAAUAACGAAAAGUGAAACAUUACCGCCGCCUGAUUAGAUCAGUUGGGAGAGUGCCGGUCUUGCUGAGCGGGAGGUCGCGGGUCAAACCUCGGCUGGACCAACACUCAGGGUCUUUGAAUAACUGAGAAGAAAGUGCUGCCUUUGUAGUGAUGUCUGCAAACGCUUAGGGCCAGUUGUUUAAGCGGAGUUUAGCCAGUCUUUAACAAAACCUCGUUCUAACCCAUUUUCAGUUUUCCCAACGCUUUUAUCCUAAAACUAUUUGUCAUGGAAAGUCGCUUGAAGGCAUAAAACGUAUACUAGAAAAGCAUUUAUCUUGUUAAAGUAACCCACUAAGGACGAGAUUUGGAGGUACGAAGAUUCGCUAAACCGCGUCCUAAGUUAGACUUCGUUUAAAUAACCGACCCUUAAACUUUCGGAUAAGGACGACAGCUCAUAACACUUUCACUUAUCUGGUUCUUGAGUGACGUAAAAGAACACACACCGCACUUUUCGAAAAGAGUAGCGGACGUAGACCCCGAUGGUGUAUCCAACCUUUCCUGGGCUGGGUGGGUUAUCUGUAAGAAGAGACCAUGAUAUAAGGAUAACCUCAUUAUCCUCCUUCAGGUGUCCUGAUGGCUACCUGUAAACAGUUUAUGUAUGUUAUUGUCAAGGUUCACAUUAUUGACGGUUCUUUUUGUUUGAUAGGUAACAUUAAACCAACCCAUGCUGGAUGUUGAUCAUGUCACGUCGAGACUGAAUUUCCUGCAACCACGUUACUCUACAAUCAAAGGGCAGAACCUCUCGAUACCUCGGGAAGACUCCAAACGCUCUCAAAGGUCUAAAGUUUUCGUGAUACCAGAGCUGUGUUCAGUUCAUCCAUUGCCUGGAUAUAUAUGGAGGCAGCUUUUCAUUCUACCAUCGGUGCUCUAUCGCUUCGAGUCGUUGCUGAUCGCGGAAGAGCUAAGGUCCUCGGUUGCUAGGGCUCUCAACAGGGGAGCUGUUGAGUGGCCAAAUGAUGUCCCGCUACCACUGCUGAACAUGGGGGAAAUGGUGGGAGAGGAGAUUGUCGUGCGAAGAGAAUCUGUUCCUAAUGUCUCAUGUGAUGUGAGUAUAAGGGAUGAGGCAAUCAAACCAGUUACCACUGAGUUGGUGCAUCAAAAAGAUUCUUUGGAAGCAGCUGAUAGCAAGGUUUCUCCGUCGACCAUUUGGACUGAUCCUGGUUUGUCGCGCUUAUACACAUCGUGUGGUCCUUCAUCUACUUUAAUCCUUCGUGCUCUCACCACCUGUUCCGCGAACGAUUUAUUUUCCCUUGAGAGACUCGAGGUGCUCGGAGAUUCUUUCAUGAAAUACGCCAUAUCCGCAUCAGUCUUCUUCGAAAAUCAACACCAGAACGAGGGCAAGCUGUCAUUCAUCCGGGGACUGAAAGUGAGUAACAGGCAGCUGUUUUAUUUGGCACGGCACCGAGACCUGCCUUCGUUCAUGAUAACCGGGAUUUUCAAUCCCCUGAGUAACUGGCUUCCCCCUGGAUUUUAUCACGUGGUUGAUGAUGAUUCUGAUCUGAUGACCACCAGCGAGCUGUUUCUGAUGUCAGAGAAGACCCCUCAACAGAUCAAAGAGGACGAGGAAGAGGAAAGUUUUUUCGUUCAGAAAGAAGCACCAGGUACGAAUUUCUUUUUGAAAGUUUCUUUUCAGUGGAAACUUGUAGGUCAGAUUAUUCAGAAAAGGAAAACCGAGUAUGUCAGCAAUCUCUUGGAUCGGAGUUUAUGGAGAGAGGCGGGCCAUGAAUACAGCCACAUUCCUUUUUGGAAUGUCUAACCAUAGUGAAGAGACCACAGAUCCUUUUCGUUUUGAAAACCCCUAGAGGAAAUAGUGUAGCUCUAAUGGAUGAAUCUGUGGAUGAAAUUCUGUGGUGAGACAAUACAAAUGAAAGCCUCUGAACAGUACUUGCCUUUCAUGUGGUGCUGUUCAUUUAACCGAUCUAGCUUUCGGGUCAGUUGCUGCCGAAAUGUUGUAGUGUGACUAUUCACGUAAAAGCUACUGAACAGUACUUGCUCGUGGUGCUGUUUAUUUUUCUGAUCUAGCUUUCGGGCGUGUGGGUAGGAUCCCUAAGUGUGACCAUUCAAAUGAAAGCUUCUGCAGUACCUUCCUGGGUGUUUGGUGUAACAACAAAAGUGAGGUAAUUUUCUAAGGUUCUGUUUGUUCCUUAGCUUCUUACUUCACCAUUUUUGGGCCCAGUGUAUAUUAUCGAUAUCUUUAGAAGCGAAAUGGUUUACCAAAUUUUUUUUUUGUAUAACUUUGAAGAGUCAUUUUAAAAAAAAAUUUUCUCUGAUUUCAGGUCCUGUUCUUACUGACUCCAGUGAAGGGUCUUUAACGGAGGGUCACCGUUCUGGUAUCAAUCUCAGCCCUUAUUUCCAUCACUCAUGCUCAGAUAAAACAGUAGCCGACGCAACCGAGGCCCUCAUCGGGGCGUACCUGCUGUGCUAUGGCCCCGAAGGUGCCUGGAGCUUUCUGGAGUGGCUGGGUAUGGAAGUGACCAAACAGGUCAAAGGUGAAUGCCCCUCAGAUAUGUCUCUAUCCAAAGACACUUCUUGUGAGAUGGUGGAAAAGAAAUCCGAUUCGAAAGAAAGCAGCCAUGAAGAUUUCAAAAGACCUUAUGCAGCUUGUGAAAUGUCUUACAAGCAAUUUCUUCAGUUAGAGAAACAAUCAGAUGAUGCUGAGUUUUCAUCGAAUCCUAUGUCUUCCUGUGCGAAGGAAAAAUUGCACUAUCGCCCAAGCAAGAAGCUGUCUGCUACGGAGGACAAUGUCUCAGAAAAUACGUCUGAAACUGUUCCAACUGAAAGUGCGCGGCUAUCAAAACAAACUUCCACAAUUACUGAGAUCACGACUGAUCCUUUCUUGAAUGAAGCUCCUUUACCUUCCGGAGACCCAAGUAAUUUUCGUCUUGAUAACACUCCAAGUCACUCGACUUUAACUGAUGAGUUUACAGCAACUGAGAAAGCGUUAAACUACCGCUUUAGAGACCAUUCCCUGCUUGUUCAAGCAUUCACACACACAUCGCUUCCCAGAGACUACAAUCCAGUACCCAACAGCUACGAGCAGCUGGAGUUCUUAGGAGAUGCGCUGUUAGACUUUCUUGUGACCCGCCAUUUAUAUCUAAACCACAGAAACAUGUCUCCAGGUAAUUUGACGGAUCUACGGUCUGCUGUGGUCAACAACUAUAGCUUUGCAGUGCUGGCUGUCAAACUGGGAUUCGCUAAACACCUAAAAUCUUUAUCACCACCUUUGUUUCAUAUCGUGAACAAGUUCAUAGUAAAGUUGAAGGAGCAAGAGCUGAAACAGCAACAAGAGAAGCAUCAUGAGGUAAUAUAACAACGACUAUUAUCGGUUUUCUUCCCUUCAAAAAUUUCCUCAAGGCUUCACACCAUUUAUUCCCCCGAAAUUUAAGAGAUUUUUUGUUAACCUCUUUGAUGAAAAUCACAUGACCUCAUGUGAAGACCAGAAAUUCUCAACUUACCCUUUACAUGCGUGACGCAAGAGAAGAGUCAGUGAAGAGUGGGAAGCGUAAAGCACAAAAUGGAUUCUACAUCUCCUUUCUAGCUGCUGUUAUUAAGAAAUUAAAAAAGGAGGCGGGUUUUGACUUGCGAGAAGGGUAGUGAGUGCGCGGAUGUGGUUUUUUUAACACCUUCCACGGAAACUGUGUUAACUGGAAGACACUGGUCGCUUAUUUCAUUUACUAAUGAAUAUAUGACUAUCAUAUAUUGAAACUGCGGGAUGAAGAAAUGAAUGUAAAGGAGAUCAUCGCAUCUAAAGACGUAACUUAUGCCGUUGCAAAAAUGAAAGCCCGAAAAAAAUUCAGGCUUGGGGGAUUCGAGCCCUGACCUCUGCGAUACAAGUGCAGCGCUCUAAAUUGUGCUAGUAAGUCAACUGGGCCGGAGCUGGUCAUUAAAAUUGGUUCGUGGGAAGGAUGAAGGUUGAAUAAUGAAUAUACGAAUUUAAUAUUUUGGAACUGCGGGAUUAAGAAAUAAAUGUAAAGAAGGUCAUGUACAUUGCUCUUCUUGCUUCCGUUGCAGAUUUAUUCCAGUGUCUUUCUUCUGGGAAGUGAAGAUAGCGAGGAGUUUGUUGAAGUUGAGGUACCGAAGGUAUUGGGUGACCUGUUUGAGGCUGUUGCCGGUGCUGUGUACGUGGAUUGUGGACAGGAUUUAGACAGGGUGUGGCAAAUCUAUCGGCCGAUACUCAAGCCCACUAUAGGUAAGUUUGAUGCGUUAGUUCUCGAGAUCGACUGUGUUCACUGCAAUUCAUCAUUUUGACCGAGACCAUAGGGCACAUUGUUUACGGGCAAUACCCAUCAAAAUUUUGCAUAACCAUUGUUUUUAAUUCUCCUUGGUAUUAUAUUCGUCCCAAGAGAAAUCGAAGACAGUGGUUAUGAAAAAAAAAAUGGGGGGGAGGGGGGGGAGGGUAAACAAGGUGCAUUUUGGUUUCGGUGAAAAUGGUGAAUGUUUAUUAGUGGAAAUGCUAUUAUUGUGAUGCAGAAAGCUUUUGAAAUAUCCAUAAACCGCUUACUUUGUCGUCUGUCGCACUAGUUACGUCAAAGAAUGUGUUAGUUAGUGGUGCAAAUCAGUCUUGAACUUCAACACUCUUCCUGCUUUUAAAAAAGUGCACAAAGGCCUAUUCCCCAAAACUGUCGCAGUCUGUCGCCGUUGUAUAAAGAUUCGUUAGGCUUUGACAUUGUAUGUAGCUUUUUCAUCUACUACCUUCAUUGUUAUGUUUACAGGAAAAAUAAACAUUUUUUUUAUAGAUUAUUUCUCUGCCAAUCCUCCCAUGUCAGCGGUCAGAAGGCUCCUGGAGAUGAAGCCGAAUUCUGUCAAGUUUGAGUACGUAAAUUUCUCAAUCUACUAUACCUCUUACGCAACCGUU